AUGGGCAAAGGCAAACCAAGAGGACUCAACGCCGCGCGCAAGCUGCGAAACCACCGCCGCGAAGGCCGCUGGUCCGAUCUCGCAUUCAAGAAGCGACUCCUCGGAACAGCCUACAAGUCCUCACCAUUCGGCGGUUCCUCCCACGCCAAGGGCAUCGUGCUCGAGAAGGUCGGCGUCGAGGCCAAGCAGCCCAACUCUGCUAUCCGGAAGUGCGUCAGGGUGCAGUUGAUCAAGAACGGCAAGAAGGUUACUGCUUUCGUGCCGAACGACGGUUGCUUGAACUUCGUCGACGAGAACGACGAGGUGCUGCUCGCUGGUUUCGGUCGCAAGGGCAAGGCCAAGGGUGAUAUUCCCGGUGUGCGGUUCAAGGUCGUCAAGGUGUCUGGUGUCGGUCUGUCGGCUUUGUGGAAGGAGAAGAAGGAGAAGCCUAGGUCAUAA